AUGAACGUGCAGUGGUGGCAGGACGCAUCCAUGCAGACGUUGAGAUCUCCGCAGUCAGGAGACAUGCUACUGGCUGCCCUGCGGGACGAUUGGCUGUGCGAUAUGGCAGUGCUGAUGCGUUUGCUCGAUCUCGUAGCUUUGUCUCUCGAAGCAGCGGCGUAUCUAUCAAACACUCGAAAACCCGAACAAAGCCCCUUUUCAACUUUCGCCCUCCCUCCAACCAACGCCACUUCCGAACAAGAUCCCACAACAUGCCUUCGAACGAGGUUGUUCUACACAGGGACCGAGGUCGCAGUCAAUCUCGGCGUGCUGAGGAUAAUGCGUCCCAAGCUGCCGGUGACAAUCGCUCCAGCACUCACAACAGCACUCGCUCCAGCCGUCACAAUGAUAGCACUCGGUCUAUCCGGCGUGUUCCCAGCAGCGGUCGUGCCAGCGGCAGUCGAUAUGGAGGCUCCCUCGGGCGGACUCGUUCUGCCCGCGACGAUCAUGACAGCUCUUCGAUCGGGACUUCUGGAAGCUCUCACCCUGGUAGAUCUCUCAACGUCUUUAUCAUCAACUGCAACAGUGGUGGAAGGCGAGGAUCAACGGCCUUCGAAACACGAGCUUUGCAAAUCGACGCACAACUGGCGACGUGCUCAGCAACAAGAUCCAAGCAACGUAGCCUUGGCCAUGCAGAUUGGCAGCGUGAUGGAAGAGGGCGCCCAAACUCACAAAGAUCUGUACACUAUUGAGACGUCCUUUGGAAAUUUGAGCCGCCUUGCAGACAUAGAGUCACGACCAAAGUCAAGCGACACCAUCAGCGGCAUACGAAGCAGCAUGCAACGUAUACACAACAUCAUUCACGGUGGUCUUGCCCUCCCAUACAUACCUGACAUUUUGAUCCUCGACUUGACCUUCUUACACUACAACUCUCUCCACACAAGUUCGCACAAUACGAUCAAGCACUUCCAAAGCUUCGAGCAAGAUCAGAACUUCCCGAACUUCGACCAACACAAAAUUCACGGAACACACACAACACCAAUCUUCACGAUGCAACCAAUGGGAGGCGGCGGCAUGGGCGGUAAUCCAUUCGGAGGAGGCAUGGGUGGUAGUCCCUUCGGCGGUGGAAUGGGCGGUGGCAUGGGCGGUGGUAGUCCGUUUGGUGGAGGCAUGGGCGGCAGUCCAUUCGGCGGCGGCAUGGGGAGCAUGGGUGGCAUGGGCGGCAUCGGGGGUGGUAUGGGUGGUGUUGGAAUGAUAAACGGUCAAAUAAUCGAUCCAGCUCAGGUCCAACGCCUGAUGAUAUUGCGCGACCAGCUGCGUGCUCGGCGCGCUCAGCGAGAAGCUUCAAUGGGCGGCUUGGGUGGAGGUAUGGGGGGCAUGGGAGGCGGAAUGGGAGGUAUGGGAGGCGGGUUCGGAGGCAUGGGAGGAGGUUUCGGAGGGAUGGGGGGAGGCUUUGGAGGAAUGGGUGGUAUGGGUCCUGGUAUGGGUGGUGGUUCCGGUGGAACGGGAGGAAAUCCAUGGAACUGA